AUGAAUCGUCGCCUCGACGAGGUCGAUUCGAAAGUUCAUCGCGCCACCAGCUCAGCUCCGGAAUUGACGAAAGCACUCGCCGACACCCGAAGAAGCCCGCUCACCCGCAGGCUCCGCCAGAUCGAGCUACACGAAAGAGUUCGACUCAAAAUCGACUCUUACACCGGCGAAGAAGACCCCAAGAAGUGGCUAACCGCGUUCAACCUCGCCAUGAGGAGGGAGAAAUACAAAUCUUACGAUGAAAGGGAGGCCAACUACUGUCAAGUAUUCGUCGAGCACAUGGCGAAAGAUGCCUUGACCUGGUUCUCUAACCUCCCCGCCGAGUCGAUCGAUAACUUCGACGACCUAACCAAUGCUUUUCUGAAGCAUUACUCCAUGCACAUGACCCGAAUCACUCGGAACAUGUUCACCACAACGCAAACCCAAGGCGAACCAUUGCGCAGCUUUAUGGAAAGGUUCAAACAAGCAGCUCGCGAUACUGGCGACAUGCCCGAUAGCGUCCCGCUGGAAGCACUCCGCAACGGCCUCUGGUACGACUCCAAGUUUAAGGAGGAUUUGUCACUAAAACCCCCUGCGACUCUGGAGGACGCGUUCCACCGCUCUCGGAACUACAUCUUCCUCGAGGAAGACCAGCGCUUCUACGCCGAGAAACAUGGAGAUAGGAGGGCAACCUCGUCGAAACCCAGAGAGGAACCCAUGGAGGCACGAAGAAGACACGAUCCGAAGAGGUCUCUCCUCAAGCGUUCGCAGCAGCCGACGACGAGUUCGAGCAAGAACACGCAGCGGCCGUUUCGAUGCCACAAGACAUCAACUCGCUCGGAGAUGACAACGAUACCAAAGCUUUCUGCAAGUUCCACGGGAGAACUGGCCACGCCACUGAAAACUGCAAACACCUAA